UCAGUUGUUUCCAAGAUCCCGAAGACAUGUCUACAGCCAUGGAUGUCCUCAAGUUUAAAGUUAACGGAAAGGAGCACACAGUUGGCAGCAAUGUGAGCUCAGAUGUGAUGUUGGUGGACUACCUCCGGAACUACCUCAACCUGCGUGGUACCAAGUACAUGUGUCGUGAAGGUGGAUGUGGAGCUUGCAUAGUGACAGCAUCCAAGACUGCUGGAGGACCUUUCGUGUCUGUUAACUCUUGCUUAGUCUCCGUUGGAUCUUGCCAUGGUUGGGAAAUCAAGACCAUCGAAGGUCUCGGUAACAGAAAAGAUGGCUACCAUCCCCUACAGAAGAGUCUUGCAGAAAACAAUGGUACUCAAUGUGGAUACUGCAGCUCCGGAUGGAUCAUGGCUAUGCAUGGUUUCAUGGAAUCGAAAAAGGAAGCAACUAUGAUGGAGGUCCAAAACGCAUUCGGCAGCAACCUCUGCCGUUGUACUGGAUACAGACCAAUCCUGGAGGCCUUCAAGAAGUUCGCGAAGGAUGCUCCUAAAGAAGACAGGCUCAUGAGUCUCAAGAACUUGAGCUUGUGCAAGACCUCAAAGGGAGGCUGCUGCAAAUCAGGCUGUGAUGAUGAAGAGGACUGGUGCAUGGUUCGCGAAGAUGACUUGGGUGAAACUGAGACUAAGAAAAUUGUACUGAAAGAUGGCAAAAUUUGGUACAGACCUAGACUGCUUAAAGAUGUCUACCAAAUUCUUGGAGAAAACCUGGAAUCAUACAUGCUGGUCGGUGGUAAUACUGCCAAAGGAGCAUUUUUGAUUGCUGAAUACCCUAACGCUUUGAUUGACAUCACUGCUGUCCAAGAAUUGAGGACCAACGAAUUGGACCAGAACCUUGUUGUUGGUGCUGGACUCACCCUGACAGAGUUCAUGGACAUCCUCAAGGAAGGCUCCAAAGUAGAAAACUUCAGCUAUUUCGAGAAACUGUACAACCACAUCGAAUUGGUGGCCCACAUUCCCAUUAGGAACGUCGGUACUAUUGGAGGAAACUUGAUGAUCAAGCACACAUACACUGUGUUCCAGUCUGACAUUUUCCUGCUGUUAGAUACCGUUGGAGCCCAAUUGACAAUCAGUGACUACAAAGGUAAACAAGAAGUAGUAACCAUGCAACACUUCUUGACAAUUGAUAUGAAAGGAAAAGUGAUCAUCAAUAUCAUGCUUCCUCCCCUGAACAACACCUACAAACUUUACACUUACAAGCUCAUGCCUAGAGCUCAAAGUGCUCACGCGAUCGUGAACUGUGGAUUCCUCUACAAACUAAACUGCAAGAAUAUAGUUGAAGACGCCAGGAUUACGUACGGAGCUCUUUCCACGAAGUUCACCAGGGCUCCAGCUACCGAGAAAUAUCUAGUUGGAAAGCCUUUGUUCACUAACGAUACCCUGCAAGGAGCUCUCAGGGUUUUAGAUGGUGAGAUGAUCGUUGAGGAGCAUCGCCCUGAGCCUUCCCCCGAAGUCAGGAGGUACAUCGCAAAGGCCCUCUUUUUCAAGGUGAGCAUAGGUAAAGUCAUAUAUUUUUUUCAGGGAUUGUUAUCACUUUGCCCAUCUGAACAAGUGCAAGAACGCCUUAAGUCUGGUAUUACUAAACUGACGGAAACUAGACCCGUGUCGACCGGCAAGCAAACUUACGUCACAGACCCAUCGCUGUACCCAAUGAACCAGCCAAUGCCAAGAUUAGAAGCUCAAAUUCAAUGUGCUGGAGAGGCUCAAUAUACUGAUGAUAUCGCAACCAUGGCCAAUGAAGUGUUUGGUGCUUUUGUACUCAGUACAGUAGCCUUAGGUACUAUCAUCAAGAUGGAUGCCACCGACGCAUUGAAACUCCCAGGAGUAGUAGCUUUCUACACCGCCAAGGAUAUUCCUGGCCUUAACUCUUUCACCCCCAAUGAUGGUGCAUUCACCACUCAAAACGAGGAGGUUCUUAGCGAAGGCACAAUUAAAUAUUACGGUCAGCCGAUCGGUAUUAUUGUCGCCGAAGAUCAACACGUAGCGAACAGGGCUGCCGCUCUUGUCAAAGUUAAAUACAGCAAUCUGGGCAAACCUAUCACAGACAUCAUUAAAGCAAGGACGGAUUCCACCAGGAACACUCUGUUUACUUCCAUUGAUGCCACGGCAACUGGAUCAGAUAUUCACAAGACUCUAACUGGAACAAACUACAUGCACGGACAGUACCAUUGCUCAAUGGAGACUAUGGUAUGCGUUGCCAAGCCAACAGAGGAAGGUCUUGAAGUACAUUUGGCAUCUCAAUGGCUGGAUGGACCUCAUGUGAUGAUUUCCAGGGCUUUGAACAUUGAAAAGAAUAAGAUUGACUUGCACAUCCGCCGUGUUGGAGGCAGUUACGGUUUGAAGAUUACCCGUAGCAUCCAAGCUGCCGUUGCUUGCAGUCUUGUCGUACAAAAGCUAAACCGUCCUUGCCGUUUCAUCCAGCCACUGGUUACCAACAUGACAGGCUUUGGCAAGAGAAUGCCAAACGUUGUUGAUUAUGAGGCCGCAGUAAACAGUUCUGGAGUACUGCAAUACGUGAAUACUACAAUCUACACAGACAAUGGUCAUAUGAUCAACGAGCCUUGCAUUGUUUACGGUACUGACACGUAUCACAACUGCUAUGAUGCGUCUAAAUAUAAUUACAAGGCCUACAACACCGUCACUGAUACACCUAAAAAUACUUUCUGUAGAUCACCUGGUACAUUGGAAGCCAUCGCAUCUGCUGAACUUAUAAUGGAGCGCAUUUCUUACGAAUUAUCGUUAGAUCCGGUAGCAGUUCGUGUAGCCAAUUUGGAAGUGGCUAGUAAGGAAGAAAUGAACGGAAUUUUGGAAAAUCUCAAGACUAGCGCUGAAUACGUUAGCCGAAGAGCCGCGGUUGAUUCUUUCAACGCUCAAAACAGAUGGAAGAAGCGAGGUUUGAGGUGGGCUUUCUGUAGAUGGCCGCCAGCAGGUGGUGCCAACCUCGACAUCAACCUGUCGGUCUACCAUGCUGAUGGCUCCAUCAUUAUCACCCACGGUGGUGUUGAAAUGGGUCAAGGAAUUAAUACAAAGGUAGCCCAAGUAGCUGCUUAUCUCCUGAAAGUACCUUUAGAAAAAAAUCCAAAUCAAAGGAAACAAUACUAUUAUUAACCCUAACAACGCUGUAACCGGUGGAAGUAUUACAACUGAUGCAGUUAUUAUUGGUCUGAAGAGAUGUGUUGAGCAAUUGCAGGCGAGAUUAGACCCUAUUAGAGCUACACUAAACAACCCGACAUGGGAACAAGUGAUAACCGCAGCGUAUACUGCUCAAGUCGAUCUUCAGGCUCACGGUUAUGUCAGCAAUCUUGAUGCCCAAUUAUAUGAAAUCUACGGUAUGGCUCUGUGUGAAGCUGAAGUUGAUGUAUUGACUGGAGAAUUCCAAAUACGCAGAGUCGAUAUUCUGCAAGACGUAGGUUUGAGUAUCAGUCCUGAACU